AUGGAAAUCUUUCAAAUUGACACCAAUAACCCGCACAUCCGUCCACACUAUCCCUUAUCCUUCACCUCCUGCUCAAUAGUAUCCAGCCCCAGCGACAUCCUCCCACGCAAACGUGAAACGAUCAGCAAAACCGGUUUCAUCUCAUCCAAACUCUCAUUCCCCAAUAUGCCUGGACAGUUUUUUGGCCUCGUGCAUGAAGUUAUUGCCAAUGAGAUCCAGAGGCUUUUUGAUAUUGAUUCGGAACCUCUAGCCUUUUGCAACUCUCAGGGCUGGAAGAGGGGGUCGGCGGGGAGGAAGGAUGCGUUUGCGAGGGCGAGGCGGAUCAGUUACAGGUACAUUUUCGUUAAUGGGUGGGGGUCGCGAUGGGACGGAUGGCUAAUGGUUUUGUAUGUUGGAUCUAUACAUUCUCCAACCGAGAAGAUUUCAAUAUCCCGCGAGUCUGCCGUCUCGGACCUUCGUGAACCAGCGGACAUGUUAACAAAAUAUAACUUCCGAAUGCGCAUACAAGAACCAGUUCUAAUCGACAUACGCACUGAGGUACAAGGGAGUAUUGGAAAUGAGAUGGGACAUCGACCGUCCAAAUGUCGGGUUGUGUUUAGAUACCUUCCAGAUGGCGGGGGGUGA